UACACUUUAAAUUGGUGUAUUUUAAUUCUGAAUCGGUGCACCUGGUUUCCUGCAGUGGAUGUCUAUGCUGUCAUUCCAGUGCAUGUAGUUUCCCUUUUAAACAUUUGUGCAAUUCUUGCAGCACUUUUGUCACGAUGCGUCCAUUUUUAUCCCAACAUUCUUGACAGCGGAUUGGCUGCGUGUGCGCACAUUUCAUUGCAGCUUCCCAGCGCAUCUUCCCUCGGUCCCCCCACCGGAUGGGAGGAGGAGGAGAGGAGGAGGAUAGAUGCGCGAGAGGAGGCAGGGGGAGAACGAGAGAGGCAGGCAAUAGGCAGAGGAACGGGUAGUUAAGAAAUAAAGGUGUAGCCGACACGGAGGAGGAGGAGGAGGAGAGGGGGGGGGGGUUGCAAACGUAGAAAUGGUUCUCUCAGGGCUCUGCAGUUCAUUCUAAGCGGAGCAUUGCAGGGAGUCUCCCCCUGUUUCUGACGCGCCAGGCUGCCAACAUACACGCCGCCGGGCAUCGCCGCCGACACGGGAUGGUACGUUACACGGCCGUGUAGCGUAACGCUGGUAACAAAAGUCUACCCCCGACCCACAGUGAAGAAAGAAGAGGAGGCAAACUAUGAUCCGAGGAUGAUUUCUGCCAAGAGAACUCCGGAGAAGAGUCGUUAUCCCAUCCACUGUUUGGUGUGGCACGGCAAGCACCGACAGCUGGAGAAGGAGCUGGCAACGAAAGAGCAGACGGAUUUGGAGUCUCUGGACCCUCGCGGUCGGACCCCUCUCCACCUCGCCGUCACGCUGGGCCUCCUGGACUGCGCCCGGGUGCUGCUGCAGCACGGCGCCGAUGUCAGCAAGGAGAACCGCAACGGAUGGACCGUUCUUCAGGAGGCGGUGAGUACGAGAGAUCCAGAGUUGGUGCGUCUCGUGCUUCGUUACCGUGACUACCAGAGGACUGCCAAGAGACUGGCGGGCAUCCCCGUCCUGCUGGAGAGACUGCGCCAAGCCCAGGACUUCUACGUGGAGAUGAAAUGGGAGUUUACCAGCUGGGUGCCCCUGGUGUCUCGUAUCUGCCCGAGUGACACCUACAGAGUGUGGAAGAGCGGUCAGUGCCUUCGCGUCGACACCACGCUGAUGGGCUUCGAGCAGAUGACCUGGCAGAGAGGAAAGCGCAGCUUCAUUUUCAGGGGACAAGAGGCCAGCGCCGAGGUGAUGGAGGUCGACCACGACAGGCAGCUGGUGUUCUGCGAGACCCUGUGUGUCUCGUCCCUCGCGGCGCUCUCAGCCGGCGGCGGCAACGGCAACGGCAACGCCUGCAGCGGCGGCGGCGGCCUGGGCCUUCUGGGGGCGGCUCAGCCCAGCGACGAGCAGGUAGCAGCCCGGCUGUCUGCGCCCGUGGUCACCACCCAGCUGGACACCCGCAACAUCGCCUUCGAGAGGAACAAGACGGGCAUACUGGGCUGGAGGAGCGAGAAGACCGAGGCCGUGAACGGAUACGAAGCCAAGGUGUUUGCAGCAUCCAACGUGGAGCUCAUCACCCGGACCAGAACGGACCAUCUGUCCGACCAGAACAAGAACAAGACAAAAGGUACGUCCGGAUGAGAUCACCCGCCGCCGCCGCCA